AUGAGUAAUGUAAAUGAAUGUGAGGAUAAUGAACAUUCACCACUGCUAAGUAGCGAAAGAUCAGUAAUUACCCCAAACUAUGAAGGUAUUGAAAGUCAAGGUACAGAAACUGUUAUAUCGGAUGAGCCGGACGAAUAUGUUAGUCAUGAAGAAGAGCAUCAUACUGUGCCACAAAUUCAACAAACAGUUUCUCAUGCUUCCGGUGAAUCAGGCGAUACAUCCAGACAUUUCGGUCCAACUGUUAUAUGCCGAGUAUGCUCAGCUAUAAUUGUUAUUGAAGGCAAGACUGGGCAACAUGUGGUGAAAUGUAAUCAGUGUAAUGAAGCAACACCGAUUCGUGCAGCGCCACCUGGUAAAAAAUAUGUACGUUGCCCGUGCAAUUGUCUUCUACUCUGUAAAGCUUCUUCAAAUCGUAUUGCAUGUCCACGUCUCAAUUGCAAGCGUGUUAUUACGUUAGGUGGUAGUGCACCAGUUGGUACGGCAGUCAGAGCUCCAACUGGAACAUGUCGUGUUCUGUGCGCUCACUGUCAAGAAAUUUUCAUGUUCAACACACUCAAUGUUACCGUCGCAAAGUGCCCACAUUGUCAGAAAAUUUCGUCGGUUGGUCGUGAUUAUGCUCGUAACAGAGCAAUCUUUUUCAUCGUUUGCUCCUUGUUAUUCUUAAUAGCUGCACUUGGUUUAAUGGUCAGUUUUUUUAUUAUGUUUUUCAGUUUUUCAUUGUUAAUUUUUUCCUCAGUAGUUUUAGACAACGAUUAUAUAAGUGAAUCUUAG